CUGGUUAAUUUUGUAUAAGUAAGCUGAAAGAAAGCCAACUAAAGCGCCGUGGCUGCUGGAGCAUUUGGUACAAGGAAGAUUUGGUCAUUUGUUUCCUGUUGUAUCUGGUAGCUUUGCACAACUGUGCUGUGGAUAGCAAGGCUAUCAGUUUAACACCAAACAUUGUAACAACGCCAAGCUAUGACACAAUAAUGUUUUCAUUUCUCUAACCAUCAGCCUUCAUUCCUUUUCUGAUGUUUAUAACAUCCACACUGGGAAGCACAGAUUUGAAAUCUUUAAAAGUAGAAACACUUGUUUCUAAAACAUCAAAAAAGAUGCUUUCUUCUUCAAAUUGCUCUUCUUCUCAAGGACCUUCAGACUUUGAUAUGGAUGAAUCUGGUUCUUCCACAAUGAAUUCAUCACAUUUUACAGAUGAAACUAAAAGUAUAAGUGAUAUUAGAGUCGAUGUCAGCAGGAAACAAGACAACAAUGACAAAGCUGGGACAGAGCAAUCCUAUCCUUUCCCCGAUAGCCCAGAGAAUAUUCUGGAACUGGCCACUAAGAUCCUCCAACGGUUUGGGCUUGAAAAAGAAGAUUUGGAAAGUCUUCUCUCCUACCCUGAAGACCAGGUCACUGUAACAAAUCUGCCUGCCAUCUUGGAGCAAAUCUGCAUUAUGAAGAAGAAGAAAAUAACUGAUGGUUCAAACUUUCCACGUGUCACAAGCACAACUGGAUUUGACCAUUUUAGUUGUUCAGAAGGUGAACAGAUUCACAGAGUCGAUCAAAAUUUUGGAUUUGAUGGAGUUUUGGAAGAAACCAGUAAAAGGAGGAGCUCAACAGAGGUGAAAAACUGGGAUUCACAUGUUCAGAAAAGCUCUUCCACCAGUUCUAGCUCAGUCAGGACCUUUGUGGACCAUCCACCCAAUAAUUCGAAUAACCUGCAGACCCAACCAAGUCGUAGUUUACAGUCCAUUCUCUCCUUGUUUCCUCUGGUGAUGCAAGAAACCGGUAGAAGUUCUGCCAACUCUGAAGGAUCUGAACCAAAAUCCAACUGGAGUUCAACACCUGAAAUGAAACAAAUUGCUGAAAUUAAGCAAUUUGUUUCAAUACCUAAAGACGAAGAACCUGGCCAGGCCAUUAAUGACAUGUGCAAAAAUAAGAGUAAAGCUAACGGACAAGUUAUAAUUGCUGUUGAAACGAAGAAGAAUCAAAAAUCAAACCAGAAGUACGGGAAGACACAAAGUUACUCUGAUUUAAAUCCAGCUUCUCCUCCAUCCAUGAGGCCAACGUGUCUGCCGGAGGCAGCUUCCACCCAGUGGCUGCUGCAGCCUUCAGGCAGAGCGUUCCUACCUGAUCCAACUGGUUUCAAUGGUCUGCCUCCACAAGCCAUGAUGGAGGAUUACACUGCUGCCAAACCAAGGUCGUUCCCACACACCUGUUCUCUCUGCAGCACCGUGUGCGUUAAUUUUAAGGAGUGGAUCAUCCACCAGAAUAUCAGCUUUCAUAUCGAGGCCUGCAUUCUCUUCCGCAAAACAUACCCAAACUGGGAUUGUAGAGUACCACUGUUUGAGAGUUUUCCUGAUAAAGACCCCUCCACCUCUGCUCAGACAUUCCAGCGUUACGAUCACAGAGUUGGGUCUGAGAGCCGAUCCAGAUCCAGAUCCAGAUCCAUCAGUUCAUACAGACUGGAGAAUAAAUGUUACAGAUCCAGGAGCAGUUCCUACUCUCCAGGUCCUCAUUUCCGCGAUGCUUUGAUGAAUAGAAGCAAACCAGAGGAGUGGGAGGAUGCAAACACUCACAGAUCUCUCCCACCACCUUCGACGUGGCGUGACCGUUCGGAUUCGAGGAGCCAUCGGAGGCGAUUUUCAUCCGGGAGGAGCAAGAAGAAAAAGUCUUCAUCCGACCAGAGACGCAAGAGACCAACAAGGUCAUCCAGUAAACGGCUGAGGUCGAGCAGAGUAGAGCAGCUGACCAAAAAGCUGCUGAGAACAUCAGCUGUCCAGUCGCUUAUGAAGAAAUCGCAACUUAAAUCUGUGGUCAGAACUCUGGUUCCCAUCAUCUUGGCUGAACUCAGGAAACUGAAAUCCUCUUCUUCUCAUUCAUCAAAAAAGAAAUUGGAUUCAAAUUUUUCCAAAGUGAAAUCUGACCUUCAGAUCAGUGAACCUGGUUUGUCCAGAAAGCCUCAGGACGAUGCACCAAAAGAGAAAAGGAUGAAGAGCCUCGAUAUUCAAGGAACAUCAGCCACUGUGGUUAAAGAAAAGAAGCAAUUAUCUGUGGAACCAAAAGUCUUCAGAAGACGACCAACCAAACCUGUGUCCAGCACUGAUCCGGCUCUACAUUCAACUAGAAAUAAUGCAUCGUUACCAAAAAGAAGGAUGACAACAAGCAGACGCAUUUCAAAAGCAAAAGCUUUGGUUUCCAAAGCAAGAAUUAUCCUAAACCGGCCGUUUGUCAGAUCUCUAAAAGUAGGAACUGUUAAAUUUGAGGUGAAAAAACAAGUUUCAAAGCGUCUAGGAGCUACAAAGUUGAUGUUUACAAAGAAGAAAGUGGCUGGUAGUGACUCCAAAAAACCACAAAAAGAGUUUAAACAAUCUCUGAAGGGACUGGAAGAGAGAACUACAGAAGAAAUGAGACAGAAACCUAAAAUUAGAGUAAAACAUCUACAGGAAGAUGUGAGCAAAGAAGAAAUGAAAGAAAAUGAAGAUCUUAUGGAGAUAGAAAACCUGGAAACUCUUCAGACCAAAGAGUUUGAAGAUGCUGAAGCUCUGAAACAUCUGGAAAUAAGAUCAGCAGAUUGUGUGGAGGUUAAAACUACAACUACAGUCAAACUACAGAGGAAUUUAUCCAGUAAACCAGCAGAGAGUUGCGCAUCAAGCUGCUCCGUUUUUACACCAGGACCAGCUGAUCCGCCUCAGACUGAACAGAAUCUCCUCAAAGCUCCAACACCUUCAGUUGGUUCAUUGUCACAGAGUCAGAGUGAAAAUCAGAUUUCCUCCUCACGUCAGAGGACUGAGGCUGACGCUUUGGAAACAGGAAGUUCACCUGACUUCAAGAAACGGCAGAAAAGAAAGAAGAGAAAAACAAAGAAAAAAGGUAAAUUUAACAACAUAAACCGAUCAAAGAACACCUGAUGUUAUUUUUC